UUGGAUUAACCAGAGAGACUAAUCCGCAAAUAUUCCAGUGUGGGUUAUGAUAUAUUCAUGCAUCUAAGCGUUGUUGAGAUAUUAUCAUAAUGCACCGCUAGAAAAUGACACAGUCGUUAUGGAGGCAACUCAGGCUUUUUCUCUGCGACAUAGAGAUUUGAUUUUUAUAUUUAUUGGAAUUAUUUUGAUUGGUUUUAUAUGUUUCUAUGAGUGGGACGGCGAAGUGACGGGGUGCACUGUCAUCCACAAUGCGGUGCUUUCAGACGAUAGGAUUUCUCAGGCGAACUUGGACGAAUUUCAGGUUAUGUCAAGGAUCCUCGAAAGUGAUUCAGAUUUGUCCUCUUUGAUACCGCUGCUGUCUUUAAAAUUCAACAAUGGAACUCAAUCUGACGAUAAAAGACAGUGCAAACCAAAGACAAAAAUAGUCAGUAUAAAAAUUCACAAAACUGGCUCUACAACAUUAUCUGCUGUAGUCCUCAGAUAUGCCUACAGAAAUCGCCUAAGAGUAGCUAUCUCGUCUAGUGACUCGAAAAGCGGGAUUCUGCGAGACCAACAUGAUCGUCUGCCUCUGAAAGCAAACGAAGUGUGGGCAACACACGGCAGAUACAAACCAGAGAUUCUCCGUCAAUUUACCACCGAAGAAACAUUUUUUGUCACAACGGUCAGAGAACCUUUUGAAAGGUUUAAAUCUCAUUUUAAUUUCUUUCGCAUGGGUAAUGUGUUACGGCAAAAUGGGGACAGUACACUGAGAGAUUACUUUACCAAACCAAUGUACUCAAAAUCCAGAGACCUUAUGAGCAACUAUAUGUUAAAAUACCUUGGGUUUCCAAACAACAAGACUCUUUUCUCAGACAAUAACUAUGUCAGUGACUAUAUUCGUAAAUUGGACGCAGAAUUCCACCUUUUAAUCCCACUUGAAUACUUCGACCAAGGACUGAUUUUGACUCGAAGAAUGCUGUGCUGGGACAUAUCUGACAUCAUAUACCUAAAACUACGACCACAAACGUCUGAUACCUACAGCUCUCUUCUGCAAGACAAUGACCCACUUGUAACUAAACUAUUCCAAGAAGCAAACAGUGCAGAUUACAUGCUGUACAAUCAUUUUAAAUCUAAAUUUGAAAACAUUAUGAAUGACCAAGAUGGCGAUUUCUAUGACGAGCUCAGUUAUUUUAAGAACCUUCUGUUUCAAGUUGGACAGUUGGCUAUCAUAGACUAA